UUUCGGGCGGGCAGUCGCAUUAUAAGGGUCGGGUCUAUUAUUUGCGAUGGCGAGCAGCGGCAGCAGCGGCUUGACGGCGAUGCUUCAGGGCCAACACACUCCUGCCGGCUGGGAUGUCUCUGCCGGCAGCCCCCGCGUGUCGGUCGCCUGUUCCUGGGAGUGUCGGAGCGACCUGGCGAGGGUUCUCCUCGUCGUCCCGGCGGGGGGACUCGAGGCGGGGGAGCUUUCUGAGCCAUCCUCGAGCGGGUGAGGGAGGGGAAGGGGGUCGACCGAAGGGUAGGUGGCGGGCCGAGGAGUAGGCCGGAGCUGCAAAGGCCGCCUCGGCAGGAUGGUUGAGUUCUUUCCAGGCUCACCCUUCUGGGUUUAGGAGCCCGUAGUUGUUUAGUUCGGGGGUGGGCUGUGGCCUGAAACUUGCAAACCACGGUUUAUGUGUGAAUCCAGUCGGUUGGGGUUUGCUGACUGAACCAUGCUCCAGACAAACUUAAAACCACUGAAAUAGCGGGACUGGAUUCAUUCGUGGCACUAAACGUAGGGGUUUGUCUUAGCAGGUGGGGAAGGGAGGGGGAGAAGCAAUUUGUGGUGUCCUGAGCAAAUUUUUGUGUUCUCUGGCGCCCCCUCCAACAUCUUGCAGCAGAACUGCUGGAAAUUAGCCAUAUGUUUUCUUGCUGUUUUACGUACUUACCCAAAAUCAAGCUAUUCUAUUUUGGAAUAAGCCUCAUUAUGUGCAAUGUUGGGGGAAAAAAGUAAGAAAUAAUUAGCAAAAUAAACGAAAGGCAGAAGAUGAAAGAAAAUCUAACUCAAUGUUUACAUUCACUACGUCACUCCGUAUCUGUCUAAUCCAUCCUUGCUUCUAUCACCCCCGUUCUUGCCAUUGCUUUUAGUUUUUUAAACUUCUCUACCUCCCUCUUUUCAAGUUCUCAUCACCUGCAUCCAGUCACAACUUUCUUGGGCUUACCUUUCUGCUGGACCUGUUCUAUCUUCCUUUUUAGAUUUGUUUCAUGCUUGGCCCUCAUUCAACCUCUCUUUACAGGUAGUCCUUGUUUAAUGACCACUUGUUCAGCAACCAUUCAAAGUUAUGAUGGCACUGAAUAAGGAGACUUUCAACUGGUCCUCAUAGUUGUGGCUAUUGGAGCAUCCCUGCAGUCACGUGAUUGCGAUUCAGGCGCUUAGCAACUGGCUUGCAAUUACGAUGGUCACAGCUUCCCAUGGUCAUGUGAUCACCAUUUGCAGCCUUCACUACUGGCUUCGGACAAGCAGUGUCAGUAGGGAAGCUGGUAGGAGGUUGCAAAUGGCGAUCAUGUGACACCACACCUAAUGACCAUGUGGGAUUCGCUUAACAACGGCAACCAGAACUGCUGCAACAGCCAUUGUAAGUCAGCAUGGUUACAUGAUGUCAUGCUUUACAACUGUGUUGCUUUGCAAUGGAGUUGUCAGUCCCAGUUACCGUUUGUUAAGCGAGGACUACCUGUAUAAUCAAUCCAUCUCAACAUACCUCUUUAAUACUUGUCUCUCACUUUUGUAUUCAGUCCAUAUUCAUCAUUAGUGCUUCAUUCUUGGCUGUAUAAGAACUCCAGUGCAGAUCCUAAAAUAAACUAGACAGAUUUAAACAUAAGCACACACACAAAAUAAUAUCACAAUAUAUCCUUAUUUUGGAAAAGAGAAAAUUCCGACCCCAACUACUUACCAUACGUACAACAUAUCCACAGUGGUUUUUGGAGGAGAUGGCCCCUUUAAGGCCUAUGUAAGAUUUUAGCCAUGGGAUAAAUAUUUUCAGAUUUUUGUCAUGUAUUGUACAUUUGAAAUGUUUACUUCCCAGAAAUAUUGGUGUUCAAAUGCAUAACUUAAGAUAACCUUUCCCCCUUAUUCAGUCACAAUGUUGUCGUUCUUGAAGGACAAAUAAAUGAUGACAGUGUAGUUCCCUGUUAUACUCUACUUGCACUGUGAUCCAUGUGGAUCUGAAGAAAUUGUCAGUCUUAGUAUUGUAAGAGAAGCAAGGAACAUGGAAGUCUACUUAGGAGAUGAAUACUAUGCAACUGGAAGGGGAGAGAAAGUCUUUACUGUCAAACACGGCAGCAAAAGUGACCAGGUUUCAUUAUACAAAAAGUAUCUUAAAUUGGAGUGCUCCACAGUUUCUUGUAAGAUUAAGCUAUUGUCCAUCAGUGAAAAACAAAGAGUACUCAUCAAUAAAAUCAUAGUACAAGUCCAGUCGGCUUGUGCAAAAACUGUGCCAAGUGUUGCUACAUUAGGAUCGGGAAUAGACCUAGACCAAGUACAAACUAUAAUGGAAUCAAUGGGAUCCAAAUUGUCACCUGGGGCACAACAACUCCUGGAUAUGGUUCGUUUUCAACAGAAGAAUGGAAUUUCUUUUGGAGGCAAGUUACAAACCAUCUUGGGAAGAAAUGGAUUUGUGUUUGGAAAAAGUCAUACCAUUGAUGGGUUGAAGAAGGCAGCUGACUUUGGAAGAUUAGACCACUUGUCCAAUGGACCUUCUCUUUUAAAAGCUAAUUUGGCAGCUAAAACAGCCAUAGAGGAUUUAAAUACACACUCCAAGAUGAGCAAACAGGUUCUUACUACAGGUAACAUUUUUGAGUUUCCUGGACUUCAGGCUCCACAGCCUUGUGCUGUAUGUUCUGAAAGUAACUGUAAAGGGAUUCUCUCCCCAUUUUUGCAAGAGCAAGGAAAUGAAAAUUCAAAUAUGCCCAAUUCCACAUUGCUGCUUCCACUUCUUCAAACGUUAUGUGGUCAAGUAGAUCGUCUAUGUGUAGAUGAAAAGAAUAAAUGCUGCGAAAAGACUUCUGCUUCUGAGGAGGAUGGAAUUCAAACCGUUGGUUUAGAACAGCAGCGUAUUUGUCUGUAUUUGGAAAAGUUCAUGUCCAAAAAGAUGGAGCUGACAGAAAAGAGAUUAAUGGACUAUAUUGAUCUACGUAUGCAAAAACUUCAGGAACAUGUUGAUAAUAAACUUGCUGCAAUAGUAGAUUUGGUAAAUAAUUUGCAUAUUGUUUCUCAAGAACAUGGUCCUUUGAAAGAAGAAAAAACAAAUGGGAAGAGGUAGGAAAUCUUUGACAAAUCAAAGACCUCAGUAUGCUUUGUAAGGACAGGUCUGUAUUGUGCAAACUUUUUGCUUAUAAGCUUGUAAACAUUAACACCUCAGACUGUACUUUUUCUGUAAUUUUGCAAGUAUUAUACCCUUAUGUUAAUUGUUAUAUAUCUGUAAUGUGCAAAAUAAGUAUUUUUUACCUUUCAGAGAAUUUUCUACAUCUGCUUCUGAUCUAUUUAUUGAUAAAUAUUUAAAAAUUAGCGUGAUAAGUGCCCUAUUAAAUUAUCUUGAACCACUCUAAAUAAAAUACUUUGCAGCUUUAUCACUAUUUAACUAGUUUCUUAUAUUUUAAUGUAGGGCAAUAUAGCAUAAAAUAAUUAACUUAUAUCCAUUAAUUUUGGGUUCUUAAUUAAUGCUCAGCCUUGGAGAAAAGCAAAUGAAUUAAGGGAAAGGAGUCAGUGUAUUUCAGUGAUACAUACAUGCUGUAUCUCGGUUUGUUGGCCAUACAGAACUUCUAAAUGUUUCAACAUGUAUUUGCUCUAAUCUUACUCUGCAUCUAUUCAUCUCUAUCUGACAUCUGUUCAUGGAUUAAUAUUAUGCAUAUGAUACAUUUUUGAAGUAGAGAAAUAGAAUCCAGUGAUUUCUGACAUCAGAAAAACGUAAUUUUUCCACAAUA